AUGGCUCCUAUUCGGCUAACGAUAGCCGUCCAGCUGCUACUAUUGGUCGCCAUUUUCUCCUCGUUACCCGCCGAGCCCCGUGCCGUGACUCCCCGCCGCGAGCUUAAAAUUCUGCAAGACCUUGUCGGUCGGUACGAGCUCACUACAUCGGGCACCAAUGUGACCAGUCUUGUUCUCUCGUUGAACAUCUCAAAUCCUCUGCGCUCCAAGAAACCUGCGGAUUACGUAAUCAGCUUUCAGGCGACCCUCGAGAUGGCCGAUAACGCGCUGACAGUCACGGAUCCGCCGACAUUCUUCAUGGUGUUUUCCAACGGUCACCUUUACUACCUCAACCGAGGCACCACCUGGACGCUCAACCAGGAAUACGUUCAGAAGUGCACUCCUAACCCUGACUAUAUUGCACCCAACGACACAUCCGGAUCAACGGACACAUCUGGGUCGACUGACACAUCUGGGUCGACCGACACAUCUGGAUCGACCGACGGCACGGCGGUUCCGGCUGAGAUUUGCGUGGAUGUCCUGGUGAAAACCACGCAUAUCCUCGAGCCGUCGGUUUUCACGGGCCGCCGGAGCUACUUCAGCAAGAAAGACUACAUGCUUACGGAUUGGAACAUGCUGGGCUGCCCGGAUAUGUACUUCCGGUUUGGGAUUCCAGUGCGGGCGCGGGUCUCGGGGCUGCUUGGGAAGAUCGCCUAG